CACAAGUAGACCACAUUAUGUAGCAACCUUACGUUAUGUGGGUCUAAAUAAACUGCAACAAAACCGCGCGCCCGCCGGCUUCAGAUGUAGCCGUUUACAGGCCGGAAAGAAAGAGCAAGCAUUGGUCGGAGGGGCUGUUAGUUCUGGUAGUUGAGGGUGAAGCUUGCGUUGAGUUGCGGGAGAGACCACUGAGCGAGUUGAAAAGGAGUAGAAUGUCCGUGUGCUGGGUUCCAGCGUCGUGCGGCACCCUCACUCCUCAGUCUCAAGCCUCACUGCCUCAGUCUCAUGUGUGUGAACCUGCUCGGCUGAUAGGCCAUGUACAUGUAGACUACGCGUGACCUACACAGUGUCCAGUGACACGGCGUGCCGCUCAGUUCUUCCCCGCAGGGUCAAAUACAACUGUGACACGGGGUCGGAGUUGCUCAUUGGCGUUCCGACAAUUUAGUUCAACGACGCCGCACCAACUACAAAAUCAUGUCGGAGCCUUCCGGCAGCCAGGGGUCCUUCACCGAGACCUGGUACCCGCCUCUGAGCGGUCCUAAAGACAUCAAGGUGAAGAUCAUAGGAACCGAUUACCUGCCGAGCACAGAGGAGGCGGAAAUUUAUACGGGUUAUGGAUUUCUGUACGUCUUCAGUCCGUACGACGAGCAAAACAACCGCUGCGUCAGCCUGUACGUAAACCCUACGUCGACAGAAGGCGAAGAGCGACUGAAGAUCAGCGACCGCAAUGCCGUUGGGAAAACUGGCACUUGCAAUUGGCGUGCUGCCGACGUUGACACAGCAGACAGUCAGACAGACGGGACUUUUCCAACCAAGUUCCUCAAGUUUCUCGUGUCGGAACAAUAUGACGACGUUUUCACCACACUGAAAACUUGGUGCUAUCGAGACCCGGUUUCUGAUAGCACCGAAGAGCAAGCCGAAGACGAGAACAACAGGAAUCUGAUAUCAAAAAACUACCCAGAGGCACAUUUCAUCCUUGUGGAUACGUGGGACUUGGAGCGGUUUGUUGAAGCCGACAUGGAGUUGCCAGAAAGGACGGAAAGUUCUAUCAGAGUGUUCCGGGCAUCGGCAUGGGACUGUCAAGACGUUGGCGACUUCUAUCGCAACCAUUCGGGUGCUGUUGUGUUUGCAACGUGUAUAAAGGAUGCUCCAGUGCCGCCGGCAUCUCCAGAGGUUCCCCGCGAGCCGACGCCGAAGGAAAAAACUCCGGAACCACAACCUCCGCCGCCAACUCCACUAAGGGAACCAACGCCACCAAGAGAACCAACUCCACCGAGGGAACCGACACCACCACCCCCAGCCCUGCUUCCACGGCCGGAAAAGACUAAACGCGACAGAGGUACCAACUGUCGACUACUCAAACCGGCACCCCCUGGGACUUCAAUUGGCGUACAGACACAGCUCAAGACACACCGUGAUACUGGCAUGCAGUGUGAACCGCCCAAACAGGUGCAGCAGCAGAGCAGGGCCAUUCAGUGUCAGCUCGCUCCUCCGCCGCCAAAGAAGAAAACAAUGAGUACACAAACCAAGAUCAAGACCUACCACAAUGCUGGCAUGCAAUGUGAGCCACCCAGAAAGCCAACGCAACGCACCAUUGCCACCCAGUGCCGACGAGCUCCAGUGAUUGCCACACGGGACAUGGCUACAGCAACAAGAACCCCAAGUCCCAUUCCCCUGCCUCCGGAACUAGUUGAUGUUGGCAUGCAGUGCGAGGGACCGGACACUUAUACCAUCGGUGUGCAAGUUUCACCGGCAACACCUCCACCGUCACCUCCGUCACCGCCCAGGCCCCCGGCAGUCAUACACAGGUCGAUCCUGCCAGAGAUUCACGUACCGCCUGUACCAGCAGUACAAGCAGCAGCAGCAGAGGAUCCGUUCAAGCAUUGCUGUGCAUGUCCGCACUACGGUGAGGAGAAUAUCCCGGAUGGCAACGGCCGCCAUUGCUGCACAUGUCCCAACUUUGGUGGCAAGGGAGCUGGCUGCGGUGCUAACCGCCGCCCGCAACGCAGGCGGCGCAAUCGUCACAAUCGAGGAGACAGGUCGCGCUCGUCAUCAACCGACAAGCUGCCACCGACGCAGCGACCUGAAGUGCUCGUGCGCAACCAGGGACACAGCGGCACAGCAACACGGGAUAAGGAGGAGCUCCAGAGGCUGGUUGAACACCACAAGAAUGCAGUGCAGGAAAUGGCGCAAGAAAUUGUUCAGCUGAAGCAGGGACGACAAGAACUUGAGACAGAAAACGAGUGGCUGAAAAGAGAUAUCAGUGAAGCAAGAGGAGGUGGUCCGCCUAUAGUGGUGGCGCGUGAGGCGGAGUUCCGGGAAAUGACAAAGGAUGCAUUACUCAUUGCUCAUUUGGAGGCGUGCAGAAAGUUUGGUUUUGUGUCCAAGCAGCUGCGCGAUGUGAAGAAGAAAGUUAUUCAGGUCCAGAAUGAUGCAAUAAAGUACCAAGAUCAGGUUGUGGAGCUGGUUAAACUGAAAGUUGCCCAUCGAGAUCAACAGGCGCUGGUGCAACAACUCCAGAAUGAAGUGCAAAAUAACCUGGAGUGGAAGAAGAGAGCCAACAGCCUCGAUGCGGAGUUGUGUGCAUACGAGCGCAGGAUCCAAGAAGCAAGUCGCAGAACCGGAGAGAGAAAUUACCGCAAUCAGCUAUAUGCUGACUUGUUUGAUGAGAUGAGCAGGGAGAACGCCCGUCUUCGCGCGAGGAUUGCCGAGCGUCAGGUGCGUAUGCCUCGGUCUUGGUCAAUGCCCAGGAUACGGGAACAAGCGCCCACUAACGACCACUACGUGAAGCGCCUGGAAGCUGAACUGCGCUCGGAGAAAGCUCGAUGCAGGAUAAUUGAUUCGGAGAAGAUCAGGGCGGAACGACGCCUAGAGGAUGAGCUUCGGCAACAAGCAGCGUUUCCCAGGCCUUCGCAUUUACGAGACAGUGAACGGGAAGUCUACAAGGCCAGGAUACGGCGCCUGGAAGACAAGCUCAGAGAAACAUCUGAGGAGCUGGGUCGCACGGUGCGGGACCAUACACAACGAGAGCAUGAACUAAAGCAUCAGGUGGAGCUGGCUAAGAUGAAGAUUGAAGCGCUAAAGAGAAGACAACAGGAUGUCAUUGAUGAUGCUGAGGCCCACCGUGACAACCUAGACCUGCGGUCAUUUGUACGAUCCCGGCCUGUUACAUGGGACGAACUCACAGCCCGGUAUCCCGGCCUGGACCCUGACGCUUCGCGUCGUCGCGAGCCACGUCCUCAGCACAGACCGGCAGCGGAUACUUCACAAAGGUCUACACCAGCUCCCUUCCUGCCACCGAUAAGACUGACCAGACCCAGUCAGUUACCUGCAACACGACGACGCAGGCGUGACUCACCACCUGCAUCACAACCAUCAUCCAACUUGUCCAACAUAUUCUCCAGGUUUAGUCAAAGGUAGUCCCCAACACCAGUCGAGAAAGGAACCAUCCCAAUCCGAACUUGUUGAUGCCAACCUCCCAUUAGAGUCGUGUGUCUGGUAGCAAGGAUUGCAAGCCGUGGAUAGCGAGUUGUGGAUAGCAAGUCGUCAAUAGCAAGCCAAGCUGUCGAUAGCAAAAGUCGUGGAUAACAAGUCCUGGAUAGCAAGUCGUGAAUUACAAGUCGAUCCUGGAUAGCAAGCUAUGCCAGUGCGUGCUCAUGGUUGCAUGUACUAGUUCUGGAUGGUAGCUACCGUAGUUCUGUGUAUCUCAGAGUUAUUCCACCAGCACAUGACCAGUUCUGUGUAUCUCAGAGUUAUUUCACCAGCACAUGACUACCAAUCACAUGACCACCAAUCACAUGACCACCAAUGGUUAAACUUACAAGUUGAGUCUCAGGUUCGUAUCAUUGUCCAUACAUGUAAGCAGUGGCCAGUAUUUAUUUUUCGUUGAACGAUUUUAUUCAGCUCUCCCUAUUCUAAUGUAAUGCUACGAACCAAAACGGUUGACCUACAAACACACU